CAGGGGCUCCAAUACCUGUACUGGUUGAUACCACAGCCCAAAGUCUCCACUUUGUACCCUUGGGUUCCUGCUCUAGGCUGCAACAGGUGGUCCGCCCUGAGUCAUCCACUGUGGGUUCUUGUGUGGUCACUGCAUGAUUCUCACAUAACCAUCCAGAGGACAUAAUCAGGCAGCAGGAGUGGGGGCGGGGAAGGUUUCAUAGAAAGCCAUCUCUGAUGAAGCACCACACAACCACAGGGGGACUUGAGGUCACUGAUCCCAUCUGUACAUCCUUCCUCUCCUGGGGGUUAAAGGACAGCAAGGAGGAAGCACCAGCCUCUCUGACCUCGGCAACCUUCCUGGAAAGAUGCAGCCUCUUCUGCUCCUGCUGGCCAUUUUAGUGCCCCCUGGGGCAGAGGCAGAUGAAAUCAUCGGGGGACAUGAGGCCAGGCCCCACUCUCCACCCUACAUGGCAUUCGUUCAAUUUCUGGUUGAAGAGGCAAAGGACGGCUGUGGCGGUGUCCUCGUGCAACAGGACUUUGUUCUGACGGCUGCUCACUGCUGGGGAAGCUCAAUCAACGUGACUCUGGGGGCCCACAACAUCCAGAAGCAGGAGAGGACCCAGCAGGUCAUCCCUGUGAAGGAAGCCAUCCCCCACCCACACUAUAAUUCUAAGAACUUCGCCAACGACAUCAUGUUACUAAAGCUGGAGAGAAGGGCCAAGCUUACUGAAGCUGUGUGGCCCCUCAACCUGCCCAGGGGCACAGCCCAGGUGAGGCCCGGAGAGGUGUGCCAUGUGGCCGGCUGGGGGAGAGUCGCUCCAAAUGGCAGAGCAUCAGACACUCUGCAGGAGGUGGAGCUGACCGUGCAGCAGGACCAGGAGUGCGAAUCCUACUUACAAAAGUACAACAGUACCACUCAGCUGUGUGUGGGGGACCCGAAGGAAAAGAAGUCUUCCUUUAAGGGGGACUCCAGGGGCCCUCUCGUGUGUAAGAACGUGAUCCAGGGCAUUGUCUCCUAUGGACGAAUAGGCGGGAUUCCUCCACAGGCCUUCACCAAAGUCUCGAGUUUCCUGCCCUGGAUAAAGAAAACCAUGAAGGGGCGGGCCCUGUGGCAGAGUGGCUAAGUUCCUGAGCUCCACUGCGGCGGCCCAGGGUUUUGCAUGUUCGAAUCCUGGGCGCAGACAUGGCACUGCUCAUCAGGCCAUGCAGGGGGGGCAUCCCACAUGCCACAACUAGAAGGAUCAACAACUAAGAAUAUACAGCUAUGUACUGGGCGGCUUUGGAGAGAAAAAAAAGGAAAAAACUAAAAUCUUUAAAAAAAAAAAAAAGAAAGAAAACCAUGAAAAGCCUCUAACUGUAGGAACCAGCCCACUUUCUCUGGAGCUGAUCCAGAAUGACACCAGUAACUAAAUAAAAGUCUCUUAGCUGAGCGGGAA